GAACUGCCUGGUGCUCUCUGCCUACCUUGUUGCCGCUCAGUGCACACGCCGGUACCCAGCAGGAUGGCUAUGACCGCAGAGCAGCACCGCAUUCCUCUGAGCGAUGGAAACUCCAUCCCAGUGCUGGGGCUGGGCACUUACUCCAAUCCCCGCACGACUCCUAAAGGAACUUGUCUGGAAUCCGUAAAACUCGCCAUAGAUAUUGGCUACCGUCACUUUGAUGGGGCUUUCGUCUACUACAAUGAACAUGAGGUGGGGCAGGCCAUCAGAGAAAAGAUAGCUGAGGGAAAAGUGAAACGAGAGGACAUCUUCUACUGUGGCAAACUAUGGAACACCUGCCAUCCACCGGAACUUGUCCGUCCUACAUUAGAAAGGACUUUAAAGACUCUUCAGUUGGAUUAUGUGGAUCUAUAUAUUGUUGAACUGCCAAUGGCAUUUAAGCCUGGGGAUGAAAUUUAUCCAAAAGAUGAAAAUGGAAAGAUUAUUUACCAUAAGACAGACUUGUGUGCUACUUGGGAGGCUCUGGAGGAAUGCAAAGAUGCAGGGCUGGUGAAAUCUCUAGGUGUCUCCAAUUUUAACCGAAGACAGCUUGAGCUGAUUCUCAACAAGCCAGGACUAAAGCACAAGCCCGCCACCAACCAGGUUGAGUGCCAUCCUUACUUUACCCAGCCCAAACUAUUGGAGUUAUGCAGGCAACAUGAGAUAGUGAUUGUGGGCUACAGUCCUAUUGGAACCUGCCGAGAUGCAUCCUGGGUCAACGUGUCUUCUCCUCCUCUUCUGGAGGAUCCUGUGUUGAAAGGCAUUGGAAAGAAGUACGACAAGACAUCAGCGCAGGUUGCUCUGCGGUUCAACAUACAGAGGGGCGUAGUAGUAAUUCCCAAAAGCUUUAACCCAGACAGGAUUGAUGAAAACUUCCAGAUUUUUGACUUCAGUCUGACUGAAAAGGAAAUGAAGGACAUUGAGGCUCUGAACAAAAAUAUACGCUAUGUUGAGUUGUUAAUGUGGAGUGAUCACCCGGAAUACCCAUUCUUUGAUGAAUACUGAAGAUCAUUUUAACCCCCUCAGUUCCUCUUUCAGUAAUGGCAAUGGAACGGAUACAAAUGGUGCUUCUCAAUCCUAUGUCAAAGAAAAAGAAAAAAACAGAGAAUCACACGAACCUUGACAGCUAUAAAUUUAUCUGCUGCUACUCCAUGGAGUAGAAAUGUAACUACGCUUUGCUGCCUAUGUACCCAUAGAAAGUCACUAGAGCUAAGCUCUCUUGCAGCAAAGGGUUGAUAGCUCAACUACCAUUUAUCUUAAAGUGUAUAUAUAUAUAUAUAUAUAUAUAUAUAUAUAUAUAUAUAUAUAUAUAUAUAUAUAUAUAUAUAUAUAUAAUCUAUAUUCCUACAUCACAACAAAAGGACAGAAGUUCAACCAAGCCCAUCACAAACUGAAGCCUUUGUUGGAUAUCCGUGCCAUGAAACCAAAGGAAAGACUUUUAUACUUUAUUUGCUAAAUAAUUUUUUUUUCUGAGUUUUUUUUUUUUUUUUUACUAAUCAAAUUAACAAAUGAUUGACAAGAACUGGAACUACAGACGGAACUAUGAAAGACUGUUUUUUUUUUUAACUAUGCAAAUAUUUUCUAGUGGAAUUAAUGAAGGAAUUGUGGCAACAUUAGUAGUAUCUUAAAAUAUUAGAGCUAAGUUUUACUGUGUUUUUAAUUAAUCCAUCUGCUGAACAGUCACACUGAGAAUUUGCAGGCUGUUAAAGUAUGAGUAACAGUAACCGGACUGGAAAAAUGUCCGAUUAUUGUCUUCUUUACUGACCAACUAAACUCAUUAUUAACAAUGUUUUUCUUUUGUUUUCUCUUUGUAUGAUAUCAUAAUCCCAUUUUUAUAUGUCAUUAUUUUUUUUUUUAUUAUUAUUUCAAAUAGUUUAAACACUACAUAUUGUAUAUUAUGCUUGGUAAAAAAUAUAUUGAUGUUACCAAAAAUAAUAUCAAACAGUUCUUUUCUGCAAGCAAGUAGGACUGCAUAUUCCAUAAGGUUACAUUUCAGGACAUAUUGGUAGGUAGAUCUUUUGGAAAAACUUACUACAGCUGAUAUAGAGCAAUGCUAUAUAAUUAUACUUCAUCUCUCAACUAUACAACUCCUCUCUGAAAUUAAAUUUUUGUUGUCCACUCAA